UUUCUACACUGUGGUAUUUCUACUUUUACUUCACAUUAAAGACCUGAGUACUUCUUCCAAUACUGCUGAAUAGUGUAGUUUGUAGGACAGAAAGAGGAAGUAAAAAUUAACAUUGGCUGCUUCUCGAGCUCAACAGGAGAUUCAGAUUCAGUUUCCAGAUUAACUAAAUUGCAGGAACUUUAACAGCGAGGAGGUCAAAGGUCGGUUCAUACAAUUAACCUGUCUCAUGAGACCAGUUAUGUAAUUUUCCGCCGAUUUAAUGAGCCUUAUUUAGCACAUCAGCAAAGCCACCAGUCAAAGGUUUAUAACGCUUUUGAUUCUGAUGAAACAUGCCAACAAUCUGUCUUUUCAUUUUGAGAAGCAACAAGAAAUUAUGUAUUUUGUCGUCGGGAAAGGUCCAAAGGUCAAAGGUUAAUUUCUGGAGCUUUCAAUCUAAUCCCAUGAUCUUCAUCCACAGAUGAAAAUCAGGCUUUGGGGAAGAUGACUAACUAGUGAGAUUAGAGAACGUAGCAUCAAGUCUAGAGAGUCUACAGAGCUGCUAACAUUAGCUUAACCCCUGAUAUAGCAUUUUAUCACGGCUGUGCUGUCUUUCUUCUAAAUUACAAUGUGACCCCAAAAAAUAAUGUAGUUGUAUAAGCUCCUUAGCUUCAGAAGUAGGCUAACACUCAGUAACAUUAGUAGCCAAUUUAGUUAGCCAGGUAUGCUAAAAUUAGCAGUUUACGUUAGCAUACAAACACCCAGCUUCGAUCCGUUCGUGUGUUUUUGGUAUAUUAAAGAAUAUUAAGAAAACCCUCCAAAUCUAUUUUGUGGUAUGUUUAAAUUAAACCUAAUUACUAAGCGAAUUAACCAAUUGCUAGAUCCGUUAGCUGGUUUAAUGCGGUUACCGAUUGGUAAAACACCAGAAUUCGCUAAGCUAACGGAACUCUUAUUGAACCUUUUAGUCUUGGUUGUCUUUUUUAGCAGGUUUCUGAGUUUUUAGUCCAAGCUGUCGAACUUACUAGUGAAAAUAACAUUCAUCACUAGCUAGUUAGCAAAUUACCGUUAGUCCUGUGAGCUAGUUGUUGGAAUUGUCAUGGGGUGUAGUGGAGGACUCAAAUGCAGGCCAGACAGAGUAGCGUGAAGCAGGUAUUUAAUGAAAUUAAAUCAACACAGGAAACUUACAGGACACAACGAGGGAUCCACGGACAAGACAAGAGACAAGGGGGAAAAUCCAGCAGAAUGAGGCAGGGCGGGCAGGCAGACGGGAAAACUGGGAACAAGACGAGCCAAAGAGGGGGGGUAGACAUGAAAAUGAUCUGGCAGUGAGUGUGUGUGUGUGACUGGGGUUUAAAUAGUGGCUGCAGUGGAGUGAGCAGGUGAGAGUAAUGAGCUGACGAGGUGGGAGUGACUGGCAAGUGUGCUGAAUAAACUGAUUAGGUGAGAGAUGGAAAAAACAGGAUCAUGGUGGCAGAGCUGUGACAGGAAUAGAAACGUCACACUGUACCACCACCAUGCAAUAGCGAGUGGACGACCAUUAUACAGUACUUUGCCAUUAGCGAGACGCACACAACCAAGCAAAUUAACGAAUUAUAAAAGGAGGAGAGAGGUUAAUAAUGUCGGAAACCCAAGUUACAAUGGAGCUUGGGCUGAAUGGAGCCUCAAAACACCAGUCUGCAGGUGUUGGCCAACAGCGGCGAGGCGCCACCGUCAGCUUUCAUAACAUCGACUACAAGGUGAGACAGGGAGGAAGCUGCCUGUGUUGGAAGAAGGGCACAACCAAAGACAUCCUCAUCGACCUCAAUGGGUUAAUGAAGCCGGGUCUGAACGCCAUCAUGGGAGCGACAGGAAGUGGAAAGUCAUCUUUCCUGGAUGUUCUGGCAGCCAGGAAGGACCCUGCAGGUCUGUCAGGAGAGGUUUUGAUCGACGGAGCUCAUCAGCCUCCAAACUUCAAGUGUCUGUCUGGAUACGUGGUGCAGGACGACGUGGUGAUGGGAACUCUGACGGUCAGAGAGAACUUCACUUUCUCCGCGGCACUGCGGCUACCGACAACCGUCUCUCAGAAGGAGAAGGAAGAAAAGGUCAACAAACUGAUCCAGGAGCUGGGACUGGGCCGAGUGGCCGACUCCAAGGUGGGCACUCAGCUGAUUCGAGGGAUCUCCGGUGGCGAGAGGAAGAGGACGAACAUCGGCAUGGAGCUGAUCAUCGACCCGCCCGUCCUCUUCCUGGAUGAACCGACCACCGGCCUCGAUGCCAGCACCGCCAACUCUGUACUGCUGCUGCUGAAGAGGAUGGCCAACAGCGGUCGCACCAUCAUCCUCUCCAUCCACCAGCCCCGAUACUCCAUCUACCGCCUGUUCGACAGCCUCACCCUGCUGGUCAACGGCAAACAGGUUUACCACGGCCCGGCUCAGAGCGCCCUGGAGUAUUUCUCAGACAUUGGAUACACCUGUGAACCCCACAACAACCCUGCUGACUUCUUCCUGGACAUCAUCAAUGGAGACUCAACCGCCAUCACUCUCAAUAGCAUUGACGGAGAAGAUCCAGAUUCAGACUCUGUGACGAAGUCCAGACGAGGUAUCGAGGAGAAACUCGUAGAGAAUUACAGAAGCUGCAGCUACUUCAGACAGACCAAAGCAGAGUUAGAGAGGAUAAGUCAGGGUAAGCACCAGACGACCACCACCGCUCCCUCCAGAACCAUCACCUACAAGACCGGCUUCCUGACCCAGUUCAGAUGGGUUCUCAAGAGAACGUUCCGCAACCUGAUGCUCAACCCUCAGACCUCCGUCGCUCAGUUAGCAGUGACGUUGUUCCUGGCUCUCGUCGUAGGAGCCAUUUUCUUUAACGUCCAGGAGGAUCAGAGUGGAAUACAGAACAGGUUCGGCGCGCUCUUCUUCAUCACUGUGAAUCAGUGUUUCAGCUCGCUGUCGUCUGCUGAACUCUUCAUCGCAGAGAGGAAACUCUUUAUUCACGAGUAUAUCAGCGGUUACUACAGGGUGUCGGUGUACUUCCUGUCUAAGAUCCUGUCUGACAUCAUCACGCUGAGGACCUUCCCCGCCAUAAUCUUUAGCUGCGUGGCGUACUUCAUGAUUGGUCUGAAGCCGACAGCCGGAGCCUUUUUCAUCUUCAUGUUCACCGUGACUCUGGUCGCUUACACCGCCACCGCCAUGGCUCUGGCCAUCUCAGCCGACCAGACGGUGGUCGCCAUCGCCAACAUCUUCAUGACCAUCGCCUGCGUCUUCAUGAUGAUCUUUGCAGGUCUGCUCGUGAAUCUUCCCUCCAUCGUCAGCUGGCUCUCCUGGUUGAAGUACUUGAGUAUACCACGAUACGGCCUCGGUGCUCUGCAGGUUAAUGAGUUUACCGGACUAAACUUCUGUCGCGAUUUUAACAACAGCGUCACUCCACCUGGUCUCGCUUGUACGGGGGAGGAGUUUCUGGCGGAGCAGGGCGUUGACUUCUCCGCCUGGGGCUUCUGGCAGAACCACCUGGCUCUGGGCGUCAUGACCUUCUGCCUCCUCACCAUCGCUUACCUCAAACUGCGCUUCAUCAAGAAGUUCACCUAGACCUCCACCACCACCACUGUGAUGUCAUUUAAGAAAUGUUUGUGCAUCUUACGACUGUUAUGGCGAUAUUAUUUAUCAUUUGUAUUAAUCCUCCAGAUCUCGAAUACAGAUGAUUUGUUUGUAGAAAUAAAACAUUUGUAUACUU